AUGUGCAAAUCCAUGCUGUUCACCUGCCAGACACACUCGCCGACCGGCCACCGAGAGACCCUGAGACCGCAUCAGCCCGCAACAAAAACGCGUCGUCCCGGCAACAACCGUCCCAUCAGACCGGCCACUCGGGCCCGGGCACCGUAUCGCCAACGCGAACCGGUCGAGCUGCCCGAUCCACCUGCGCCCUGGACCACGGGCCAGACGAAAUUGCGACGAGUCGGCCGGUCUCGAACUCCACACGCCUCGUUCCGACCGAUCAGGCGGUUCAACGGAAUGUCUGCAGCCUCGCACCCGAACCAAGCCGUCUGGGACGUCUCGGCGUCCAGCCACAGGCCGGCCCACCAGACGGAGGCAUCAACUGGCCUCGUGAAGAGUCUGGUCAACCUGUACGACAACGGAAACUUCCACAUGUUUGGCGAUGCGUACGGAAGGCGAGUCGACAAGCUGAUAGGGCCGGGAAAGUGGCCCCAAUGGGGCGGCACAAGCCGGCCCUCGGGCGGUUCGUGUACUCACACUUUCACUGGGCAAGUUUGCAAAUAA